UGGCCGGCCGCUUACCUUCCUUCCAUCUCCCUGAGGCACUACGGGAUUGGUGCUUCCGGUGAGACAGGUACCGUGCACAUCACUCCCAGGUGCCCUAGGGGGCCCAUUUCCCACAACUCCCAGAGGCACUUUUCUAGAAAGUUCAACCGGGGGGAGGUGCCACAGCAGUUUCACUGCCAUUUUGUGAUGUGACGCUUCCGCUUCUCCGGCAAGGAAACCAUGACCGAUAAAGGAGAGAAGGUGGCUGUAGAACCUGAAAAUGUGUUUAAACGUCCCAGGGAAUCUGACAGUCCUUCAUAUCAGAAAAGGCAGAAGAUGGCCCUGUUGGCAUGGACAAAAGGAGCAAGAGGUGGUGGUACUGGACACUCCGCCAUGUCUAUGGAAAAGGAGCUUAAGGCAGGAGAUAGUAUUCCACCCAGCCAAUUGGAUUCUCGGACUGAUGACUUCACUGGCUUCAGCAAAGAUGGGCUGAUGCAGAAACCUGGUAGAAAUGCACCUGUAGGAGUCAUCGUUACCAGCAAUUUCUCUGCAGAUGACCUAAAAUGCAGAGAAAUACUCCCUUUUCUAAAAAGCCAAGAAGAAAUUAAUGCUGAUAUAAAAUAUCAGUUAGUGAAGGAAAUUCAAUGCUUUGGACAAAAUUAUGAAAAAAUCUUCAAAUUGCUUGAAGGAGUGCAAGGACCUAUAGAAGUCAAGAAACAAUUUUUUGAAUCCAUCAUCAAGGAAGCAGCAAGUUGUGUGAGACGAGAUUUAAUUCAGCACCUUGAGAAGAAACUGGAAGAAAUGAUUUCUGGCUACUUUUCAAAGGAGGGUCAUCACACCCCAAAUGCAUGAUCUCAUUAAUGACUGAGGAGGAAUAAGGAUCAGACUGCUGUUUUCUAUGAUGGAGCAGGAUAUUGCUGAAGCCUUCUAGCCUGUGUUGGUGAAUAAAAUGGCCUUCCAGAAGCUAAAAUAUUUCUGUUAGUAAAAGUUGGUCUUUUUCCCUAAGCAUUUCAUUUGAAAGGAUAACUUGUUUGUUGAUUGAUUUGUUUUCCCUCCUGUGCUGGCAGAUAUUGUUAACCCAUUAGGUAAAUACUGUUACCGUCGUGGUUUCUGCAGCGGCCCACAUUGUUGUAGCUGGUAUUUAUAACUGCCUUCUUUCACUACUCAUUUCUCAUUCCCUUUGCCCUGGGGAAAGCAUGUCAGCUGGUCAUGGUGUCUGGCCUGGCAGGAUGACUCAAACCUUCAUUACUGAAGAGUCUGAACCAUUAGAUGUCCUGCCUAGAUGGGGUUGCUAUAAUUUUUCAUUAACUCUAAUCAUAAAACAUAGUAGUACUAAGAAGCUCUCUAGACAUAUCAGACAUGCU